UGGCCAUGUUUAGUUAACUUUGAAGUUUCGCUUACUCAUUCUGCAUUUUUAUAAUUAUUGCUGACUCUGUACCUGUCGAUCGUAUUCUCCGCUACCUGUGGCUCUGAUCGCCCAUGUAUUAACUGAUCACCGAAAAAACAACGCUAAAGCACUGAACUGAUCCUGUCACAACAGGAUUUCACGACACACUCGCUCGCGGCACUCAUAAUUUCUAUCAAAGAAACGCGCGUUUUUCUCGUUUCUCGGUUUAGAGCGAGCCAUUUUUAGUCAAUUCUCUCUCUUUCAUAUCGGAAAAACCAAGUUUGCAGCUCGGAAGAUUGGUGGAAUUAGAUUUAUUUGGAGCUGAGAAGAAUUUGUGGGCGGCCCCUUUGACACACAUUACACACACACACACACUCAUACACAUGUCACUCAGAGACGCCAUCUUAACUUGAACAUUUAUAUUUUACACACUUUAAGCUACCGAAUGUAUUAUUCGGUCCACGUCAGCAUUGAGAGAAAGGGGCACGCCAUUUCCCGACAAUUUGCCCAGUGGAAGAUUUUCCGUAACUUCUUAGUGUAAUCUGAUUAAAUAGAGGAAGGAAGGGUUUAACCUUAAAAGAGGGAGAGGAAGAAAAUAGCUCGCUUGGAGAAUUCGAGAUUGAUUGAAAAAAAGCAAAUUCAUAUUAGAAUUGACGCGAUUCUUGUGCAGAGCAAAUAUCUUCAUUUUCAUGUUGAGUCAGAUGAUUUCACGAACAAAAAGCCGUCGAGUGUCGCGUCAAUCGAUCGAACGAUCAUCGACAGUUCGUAGUGGCAAAUGGUAAACUCGAUCGAUCUCCGAUCGGGAAACAAUGGCUCUAGAGAGUGUUUCCGCGGCCGAGACUCUAAUCCAAAGGGAUCCGGAGAAUGAUAAUGAUGACUUGGAAGAUGGAGAAAUUCCUUCCGACGAAGAUGACGAUACGGUUGUGCCAAUUCCAAUUCCAGCGCCAAAACCACCACCGGUGGAAUCCCCGAGACCCUCAAAGCCCAAAGGGGAAUCCCCAAAGUCUAAUAAGAACUUUGAUAAGUUCAGCAAGAGCAAAAAACAAUCCACACAGAGUACAGGCAGCAGUGAUAGGGGGAGUAAAUUCAGCAAAGGCCCAUCUGAAGAUUGGGCCGGAGAUGUUGAAAAGGCGAUCAAGGCCGCUCUAGAUAAAGAUAAGGACAAAGAAAAGUCGCGACAUCAAGAGAGCAAGUCGAAGAAUAGUAGGAGUAAAAAUAGGAAAAGGUCGCGUGAUGAUAAAGAAGAAGAUCGAGUCAAGGAGCAAAAGAAGAGAAAAGUGAGCGACGAGGAAAAUGGGAACGAGGACGAUGACGAGAUGCUUUUUGUCCGAGGAGCUUCUCCAGUGAGGAAAGGAUCCCAGGAAAAUAGUUCGCCCCCAAGACGGAACAACGAUCACGAAAAUUAUGAGAGUGGUUCCGACUACGAGGAUCGUCCAAGCGUUAAUCGACAUAAUCGAGACAAUGACAAUAAACGCGGUGCACGAGGAGGUCGUCGAGGCGGGAAAAACGAGCGCGGCAGCAACAAGAACAACAACAAGGGACGGAACAAUCAGAAUCGAAACGAGCGCAACAAUGGCCGGAGGAAUAAUCAGCCGAACAACAACGAUCAUGGACAGGAUCCGGACGCGAUUUGCGUUUACUACAUGCAGGGAAAGUGUCAUCGGGGUGACGACUGUCCAUUUUCCCACAACGCUCUGCCACCACGGAAGAUGGAGUUGUGUAAAUUUUAUCUCAUGGAUUGUUGUGCUAAGAGGGAUAAGUGUCUUUAUAUGCAUCAUGACUUUCCAUGCAAAUUCUUUCAUACAGGGUUAAAGUGUAGUCAAGGAGACAACUGCAAGUUCUCGCAUCUGCCCUUGAACGAGCAGGUGAAGAAUAUUCUACUCAAACAUUUGGAGACGGCGCCGAAAGAAAUCCUCGGUAACUUCCCAAGGCUGAGCAGAGACGGUGCUUUGACCAUGAUCAACAACACGGAGAAAAAUUUGUCCCAGGGCCAGGAGACCAAUCAAAAAAUUCCGAGUCUAUUCGAACUGAAUAUUGGAAAUGAAGAAAAAGAUGAAGGCGUUGGUGGGAUGGAAGAUUUGAGUGGGCAAAAGAAUACCAUGAAGGAGAGGAAACCCUCUGGAAAGAAGACUCGCUGGGGUUCGGAUGAGGAUCGAGUUCCGUACGAGCAGAUUAUGCUCUUGCAAUCGGCGAAUCAACUCGGCCUCCAACUUCCAAAUGCUGCUCUCGAUCUUGCCGUUCAGGAGCAUCUCCAGCAGCAAUUGAUGAGACCCCAAAAAAUUGCAAUGGAUUUCUACAGUGAGGCGAAUCUAAGCGAUGCGAACAAAGCGAAAGUGAAGGAGGACUUUACGAAAGACGUGGAAGAGGACGAAAUUCGGGCACAGUCGAAGGGUAAAGCCGCCCAAGCAGGACCAAAAGACGUCGAUUUACGGCAGCUAUUGAGUGGGACGAAUAAACCGACUCGUGUUGUGUACAUAGCAGACGAGAUAGCAAAUAUCACUAAAUCGAAAGUGGACGAGGAGAGUGACCAGGAGGAAGAAUCUGAUCUGGUGAUUGAAAUGCCGGUCGAAGAGGAGGAGCCCGAAAAGGAAAAGGACCUCGGCAAUUCCGAAGACUCACAAGCGUCUCAGUCGAAGAUUGAGAAACCACCGUCUCCAAAUUCUCUCUCGCAAGAGAUGCCGCCAAAUUUGCCCAAAAAAGCCCAGGAGUUGUUUAUGCGAAUUCAGCAACAGCAGCGCGGUGCCCAGGACAGUUUCAAGAACCUUGAGGACGAGGAAAAUGAGGAAUCAGCACCACAGGACGAUUGGUACUCUGACGACGACGACGACGAUGACGCGGACGAAGGCGGGGGUCUGACAAUCGAUGUCCGGAACGACGACGAUCAGGAGAUGCCGGAAGUAAAGGUGAAAGUCGAAAAAAGUCCUCCUGCUCCUCCACCCUUGAAUAUUCCACAACCCGCGCCCUUUGUCGAUAAACUCGGUGAUUUGAGCAAAAUCGACAUCAGCGCCGAGGUGUCGAAACUCUUGUCUUCCCUCAAGGCCCACAGUAGCAGCAGCAGCAGCACUGCGCCAACCCAGCCAAACUUUGAUGACACCGAGAAGAGGAUUAAGCGCGAACAAAGCUCGCCGAUCAACAACAGCAAAGAAGGAAUUCUAGACUCCGUCAGACUGGACAAGGGACAAUUCAGUCCGAGUUUUUCGCCUCCUCAUCUUCCAGCGACUUCCAGAGAUCCGCGUAUGCUACGAGAUCCGCGUGAGUCUCGAGAUCCCCGCGAAUCUCGCGACUCGAGGGAUUCCCGGGAUCCGAGAGAGUCGCGCGAUCCUCGAGAUGCCCGGGAGAGAGAAUCGAGAGAUCCGAGGGAUCCCCGACAGCGCAGAGAGGAGCAGAAAUCAGUGCCAGCGAUGAAACCCGAAGCGAAGGAUCACAGAUCGCACAGACUUGAGACGAGCAUAUACAGUUCGGGGAUCAUUGCCAUGGACACGCCCAUGGACACGGAUCUUCGCGCCCGUGCCGAUCAGGAUCAUCGGAGAAAGGACAUGGACUUGAGGCAGUGUUUUGCCGAUUUCGGCGACACCGAUCUCCGUGUCGUGGGCGGAACCUUUACAAAUGCGGCCUCCGGCAAGUCGGACAUUGAUCUGCGCCAGAUGCUGACUCUGCCUUUCAAGCCUGUCCCCACGCAUGUACCCUGCACCGAGAUUGAUGGCAGUGUUGCGUCUCAUCCGCCAAUUCCCUACAAGAUCCAGGUCGUUGAUAUCCCGCGACCCGACUACACGGGCCUCAAGCUGACCAAGAACGAUCCCCAGGUGAAGUAUGAUCCGCGUCUGCGUAAAAUCUUUCGAAUUCCGUUGAACGAUAUCGCCGAUUCACCAAUGUCGCCGCCACCAGUGAAACUCAAUGUGCCCAAGUCACCGCCGCAGAUACGAGCGGAUCCACGACGCAAAGCGCUUGAGUCCCAGGGUCCGUCGCAGACCUUGUUGCCGCCCCAGGGUAUGAAUCCGGGUAUUAAUCCUCAUCAUCAGGGACCGCCCGAGAUGAGUAUGAGUAUGGGACCGCCGUACAUGUCGGGGCCGGUGAUGCAGGGAAUGCCGCCGAUGAUGAUGGGCCCAAAUCCAAUGAUGGGAAAUAUGGGCCCGAUGAUGGGCGGACCAAUUCCACCGAAUAUGCAGAUGAUGGGUCCGAAUAUGGGACAAAAUAUGGGUCCGAAUAUGGGACAGAAUUUCGAUCCUCGUUUCAACGCACAGCGAAAUAAUGGAGCAGGACUCCUGGGACCGGGGCCAAUGGGCUACGGGCCCGAUAUUGGGGGGCCCAAUUUUGAGGGUGGCUAUCCAAACGGGAAUUUCAAUAAUUUCGGACCACCCGGGCCAGAUCAUCGGAAUUUCGGGAACAAUUCGGACGGGCCGAAUUUCGGGAAUGGUGGUGGCGGUGGUGACUGGAAUGGGAAUCAGAAUCAGAAUCGGCGAGGCGGACGAAUGCGGAGGAGGAAUCGAAACAAGAAUGGCCCCCCGAUGAAUAAUAGAUCACCUUAGUCGAAUUUUAAGUCAGGUCUUCUUCUUUCUAUUGUAAUUGUGUCCAGAGCUGAGUUUCUUUUUUUUUGUUUUUUGUUGUUUUUUUUUUUUUUUUCUGAGCACCAAAGAAGAAAAGCGGCAACUCGAAAAAGCAUAAUAGCAUGGCAUUUUAUUAAGGCUUUUUUUCUUUCUUUCUUCUAAUAGUCAAUUCGAAUAUUACUUCAAAGUAAGGGUUAAAUUAUGAAUACGAAAAUUGUAAAUAGAGAAAAGUAAGGAUUGGACUUUUGUUGAAAAUCAGUCUCAUAAUGAAGAGGAAAUUUUUUAAUUGUAAAUCAUGCAGCAAUUAAGAUUUAAUAAUAUUUACCGCUUUUCUUAUUUGGACGGUAGUAAUAUAGAUGGACAGUUUUUAGAUUCCAUUUUAAUCAAAUCUGAUGGAAAUUACAUCUGCGAGUGUUGGGAAAAGGAUCUUUUUUUUUCUUUUUUUUUUUUUUUUUUUAAAUAUUUCUGUUUAAAUGAUCCGAAAAUUUAAUUAGGGAACUGAUUUUUUUUAUAUAUAUAUAUAUAGUAGCUCAGCUCGGAUUUUCUCGGAACUCUUGGCGAGUUUUUUGUUUGCGAGAGUCUCGGGAAGUAAAUUAGUCAAUAUUGUAAAUUCAGCUGCUACUAGGCGUGCGAAAAAUUGUUGUAGAUUUAAGACAAGUUCUAUAAAUGUAUAUAUCGAGGAUGUACAUUCAGGUGAUGAUGGAUAUGAAAAUAUUGAUUAAUGGCAAAUAUUGACGUUCAAACAAAACAAAAAAAAAAAAAACAGAAAAAAAAGCAAACAAAAAAAAA